GUUUCUAAUUUUCGUCAUCCUCUUCUCUCUCAUUAACUCUCACUUUCUUCCAUCACUUAUCAUCCUCACAGGUGAGAGGGGAAGGUGACAAACGAGUGAGAUAGAAAUAAACUAAGUCGAAGAAAAAAGUUUCCUUCACAAUUAACUGUGAUUCUAACAGUUUAGUUUGAUUCUUGGUAAAGUGAAAGUUACUUUCUAAUAAAAUUAAAAUCGUUGAGAAAAAAAAGUUCAAUAUGAAUUCAUUGAUUCUAAUUGUUACCAUUGCUUUAGCAGUUACAAGUUCUCAAGCUCGAACAGCUCGAAAUGAGCAAAUAUCUUCCUCGACAUCAACAAGCCUCCCAAAGGCGACAACCGAAACUGUCACCAAAUCGACAACUCGUCCAACACCAACCACCGUUGCAUCAUCAACAACACCUUCCCCUCCAACACCAACACAAACAACAACCACAGCGACAACAGCAUUAGCCCCACAAUCAAGCAACACCAAUAACAACACGAUCACAAAUCGUAUUCAACUUUUAUCAAAUUCUGGUUCAACUUUGGCAAGUAAUCUGAUCAACAGUUUAUCCAACAAUUUGUCUCAAUUAUUCAACCAGUUAACUAAUCGAAUCAAGUUACCAAUCAAAAGCACGCAAACGGUUAACAAUUUAUGGAGCUCAAUUCGUCGAAGUGAUUUAGUUCGGUCACCAUUAACCCUUUCAGUGGCCGGUGUCACUUUCGCAGGGUUCAUAUCGUUAAUCGCACUCUACACAUUCCCGUCACUUCGAGAAGCAUCAAUCCCAAUAUUUAGUGAUCGUAAUCAAAUUAAACUAAUCGGUGAAAUCGGCCGAUCGAUUGACCAAAUCGCCGAAACAGUCGACGCUGCGAUCGAUAGCUAUUCUCGAAGUGAAUCCGAUACUUGCAUUAAGAUUGCUCUUUGUACUCUUGGAAAGGCCAAAGAGGUAUCACGAAGAAGUCGAGCUAUCGAUGCGGUCAACACAGUUCUAACUUUCCCUGGACUCGAUCAAUACCUAAUAUCCAACAAGGAAUGGCUCGAGUCUCAUGCCUAUGGAAGACAAGGAAACGAUUGCGACACAAUUAACUACAAGCAACAAUGUCCCUUCAAUUAUGCCACUUGGAAGGUCUUGUUAUCGAGUCUCAGUAAGGUCAUUUAAUCAACUAAUUAGUUGAUUCCAGCGUAAUUUAAUCAAUCAUCUUUUUCGUCUUCAUUAUUUUAUAUUUGCCUUUUCGCUAACGAUUUACUUUUAAUGGCUCCUUUUUUUUAUCUGCCAAAUAAAUAAUCAAAAAGUAUUAAUUGUAUCGAUUGAUUUUGUCAUUAAUUUGUUUUUAAAAUUGUCCAUUGAUUUGGUGUUUUUUUUGAAUGUUUAUUAACAGAGGAACUGGAAUUUAAAUUGUGUAUUUGUUUGUUGGUGUGUGAAUUGGUUUGUCAAGGUGAUUGAGAUACAAAAAGAAAGAAAAAUUUGACAAUUAAGAAAUUCGAUAAAUAAAAGAGAGGUUAUGUAGUAAUAAUUAUAUAAUAUAAUUGAUUGAUUUUGUUUACAAAUGAUUUUUGAUACCAUUUCUUUGAAUUUCUUUGUCAUUUUGUGAGGUAACUUUUUUCUCUCUUUCUCUUUCUCUCUCUCACUCUUUCUCACUUUUUCUUAUUUUUAAAUAUAUGCAAAUGGCCGGGAAAACAAAAAAAAAUUGAUGAAAUCAUCUGAAGAAAUGAUGGCGAUAAACCAAAAGGUUAGAAAGAAAAAAAAAUGAAUUAAGUGAUUUAAGCGAAGAGUGAGA